ACCUCUUUCUGUAGUUCAUUGAAGCAUGUGAGCAUGAUGGGGACAGACGGUAAAGAUCUGUCUGCUCACAUCCAGAGAGUUCCGCUGUGUGAGUCCCAGCUGGACUUCUCUGGUCAGCCGUACUCCGUGUCCGUCCUCAAAGUCGGAUACUGUCUCCCUCAGUCCGACGGUACGUUUAGAGCCGACGGGACGAUCACCCUCAUCACGGGACCCAGAACUAUUCUGGUGGACACCGGGGGCCCGUGGGACCGAGACUUACUUCUGUUCACGCUGAAGGAGAGGGGUCUCCUUCCAGGAGAUAUUAACUUGGUUGUGGGCACUCACGGACAUUCAGACCACAUCGGGAAUCUGAGUCUUUUUCCAACCGCGUUGAUAAUUGUAGGAUAUGAUAUCAGUGAAGGGGACACAUACCGUCCUAACAACCUUGCAGAAGGACAACCAUACUGUGUGGAUGAGCAUGUGUCUAUCAUUCCCAGUCCUGGCCACACAGGACAAGACAUCAGCGUCCAGGUUAGGGGAACUGCAGCAGGCACAGUACUUGUUGCAGGGGACUUAUUUGAGUGCUGCUUAGAUGAGGAGAGCUGGCAGGACCUUAGUGUGAACACUGCAGUGCAGGAGGUCAGCCGCCAGAGGGCGCUGCAGACUGCCGAUGUCAUCAUACCAGGACAUGGACUCCCAUUUAGAGUGCUCAGGAACUGAAGAAGCGGGUCUGGACAGCAGUGACAUUAACUGGAACUGCCUGACAAAACUUGACCAUACUGACAGUCUGACUGGUUUCACUCCAACCAAAGUUUACACAGGGCCAUGCUGAUGAGCACAUCAUCACACAAAGAACAGCAAUUCUUCAGUUA